AUGGCGACGAGGGUGCUGUUGUUGAUGGCCCUCACACUCUUUAUCUUCCCUUUGAUCAUCCCCAUGGCUACAGCAACAUUCCAUGUCAAAGGUUCCGUUUACUGCGAUACCUGCCGUGCUGGAUUCGAAACCAAUGCCACCUUUUACAUUGAAGGUGCAAGGGUUGGAAUUCAGUGCAAAGAGAGGAGGACCUUGAAGAAAGUUUUCUACAGGGAGGGUGUGACGGACUCGUCGGGGACAUACCACAUUGAGGUUGAAAAUGACCAUGGUGACCAUAUUUGCCAAUGCAUGCUUGUUAAAAGCCCCAUCAAAUGGUGUAGCACCCCAGACUCUGGUCGUGACAGAUCCAGCAUAGUACUAACCCACUAUCAAAAUGGCAUAGUCAACCAUCUCCACUAUGCUAAUGCUAUGGGUUUCUUGAGAGACGAACCCUUGCCUCAAUGCGACACACUGCUUAAAUACUACUUGGCAGACUCAGACUUUUGA